CACGAGUGCUGCCUGCCUCCCUGCUCCACUCACUCCUCUGCCGAGCAGGCAGUGGCUGGAGCCAGCAGAGCCAUGACUCCCACCACUCUUGGGGCACUCCUGGCCCUGCUGCCACUGGCCUUGAUGCUGCAGAGCCCAGGAGGUACUCAGCGUGGCGGCCGGACACCAGAGCCCUCCGAGCCCGCCCUGCACCGCCUGUCCCACUACCUGCUGGCCCACUACCAGAAGGGCACCCGGCCUGUGCGGGACUGGCGAACGACUACCACUGUGGCCAUUGACCUCAUGGUCUACGCCAUCCUCAGUGUGGAUGAGAAGAACCAGGUGCUGACCACCUAUAUCUGGUACAGGCAGCACUGGACAGAUGAGUUCCUCAGGUGGGACCCGGCUCGCUUUGACAACCUGACACAGAUCUCUCUCCCCAUGGAGAGCAUUUGGGUGCCUGACAUCCUUAUCAAUGAGUUUGUGGAUGUUGGAAAGUCCCCCCACGUCCCCUAUGUCUAUGUCAGCCACCACGGGGAGGUGCAGAACCUUAAACCCAUCCAGGCGAUGACCACCUGCAGCCUGGACAUCUACAACUUCCCCUUCGACGUCCAGAACUGCUCGCUAACCUUCACCAGCUGGCUGCACCACAUUCGUGACAUCAACCUCUCGCUAUGGCGGCAACCGGAGCUGGUCAAGUUCGACCAGAGUGUCUUCAUGAACCAGGGCGAGUGGGAGCUGCUCUACGUCCUCAGUCACUCCCAGGAGUUCAGUGUCAAGAGCAGUGACAGCUACGCUGAGAUGAAAUUCUACGUAGUCAUCCGGAGGCGCCCCCUCUUCUACACUGUCAGCCUGCUGCUCCCCAGCAUCUUCCUGAUGGUUAUGGACAUUGUGGGCUUCUACCUACCUCCCAACAGCGGUGAGAGGGUCUCUUUCAAGAUCACUCUCCUGCUAGGCUACUCAGUUUUCCUCAUCAUUGUAUCUGACACGUUGCCAGCUACUGCCGUUGGCACCCCAUUGAUAGGCAUCUACUUUGUGGUGUGCAUGGCGCUGCUCGUCAUCAGCCUGACAGAGACCAUCCUGAUCGUGCGCCUGGUGCACAAGCAAGACCUGCAGCCCCAUGUCCCUGAGUGGGUGAAGCACCUGCUACUGGAACGAGCCCCUGUCCUGCUCUGCAUCCGGGACAGGGAGAAAUUCAGCCAAAGCAGGACACAGAGCUCGGACAUCUCCAGGCAGGCAGAGAACAAUGAUAGCACAGCCAAGCUGACACCCUAUGGCUGUGAGGACCCCCGUGAGUGUGGGGCGGUGGGGGGCACGAGGCCUGCUCUGACCUUUGCCAGCCGGGCAGAGGGCUCAGCGGCACUGCAGGGGGUCCUGCGUGAGACCACGGCCAUCCGCCAGUUCCUGGAGAAGCGCGAGGAGUUCCGUGAUGUCGCCCGCGAGUGGCUGCAAGUGGGCUACGUGUUGGAUGUCCUGCUGUUCCGGGCGUACUUGGUGGCCGUCCUGGCCUACAGCAUCACACUGGGCACCCUCUGGUCUGUGUGGCGGGAUGUCUGA